UUUUCGGCGUGGAGUUACGGUAGCUAGCUAUAAUACAUCCUUGGUUAGCUAGCUAGAUGUUCUACCCAUGGCUACCCACAGUAACAACUUUAUCCGCGUGCGCUUAUACUUUGACUACCCGCCGCCGGCUGUCGUUGACUGCCGCAUGUGCUGGCUGCUCGUGGACUUGAACACAUGUCGCGUGGUGGCGGACGUGGAGAGCGUCAUUAGAGAGAAGUUUGAGUUCAGUCGCAGAAGCAUCCUCAACCUCUUCAUAGAAGACUGCUACCUGCCGCACACCGAGAGCGUCUAUGUGGUGCGGGAUAACGACAGCCUCAGGGUGAAGGUGGACUGUCUGGCUCAGGGGACUACGCAAAAGAGCUGUCCAGAUACAGCAAGUGAAAACUGCAGGAAGAGACCCAGGCCUACUGAGGAGGAUGGGGCAGGAGAAAAUGGACUGAGCGUUGAAUGUAAGAAAAAAAGAAGUAAAAAAAGGAGCAAGGUGAUCCUGGAGCAGGCGUCAGGUGAUGAGAAGACUAAGAAGUCACCAGAAAAACCCACAAAGAAGAAGAAAAGAAAGAAGGCAGAGGAAAAUGGCCCGACGGUCACCCCCAAACCAGUUGCUUCUCCCAAAAAAAAGCCAGCGAGUGUAGAGCAGCCAGUUAAAAGCGCCAAGAAGUCCCCAGUGGUCCAAGCAAAAACACAGACUGUCCCCUCUUCAGAUUCCAGUAGCAGCAGUAGUGAUGAGGAUAAAGCUCCUAAAAAACCUGCUGCCCAAAAGCCGGCACCCAAAACACCCUCCUCCACCCCUGCUGUCGCCAAGGCGCCUCCAACCACCAAACCUUCCCAGACGAAAUCCCACCCACCUUCGUCGUCUUCCUUAGAAAGCAGCUCCUCUUCAGAUGAGGCAAGCACUGUAAAAAGCCUGCAGAAAACUAAUGGUUUAACCUCCGCAACCCCUAAAGGAAGACUGGAUGAUAACUCAACGUCUCAGCAGGCUCUUCCUGCCCAGCAGCCCAUCAAUGGUGCACAGAAACAGGCUGCGAGCGUAGCGGUGGCCCCUAAAGAUAAAAUGGAGGUGUCUAGUAGUUCGGACAGCGAAGAGGAGAUCAAGCUGGUUAUCCGACGGCCAGUGCAGCAGCCGGGCCGCAAUUUGGGCAGUCAGCCGUCUUGGCGAGGCCGAGGACAGACCAGCCACGGUGGUCCAGGACAGACCAGCCAGGGUGGUCCUGGACAGAACGAAAGGGGUAGAGGCAGAGGGGUCGGCAGAGGGGUCGGCAGAGGGCACAGCGCCAGCUUUGAGUUCCGCUACAACGGAGCCACGGAGCCGGCCUGUCACACUGAUUCCCUGACCAACAUGUCAGUGGUCCUCCAGAACGCAGCAGAAGCUGCUCCCCAACGGGACUACAGCUCCAUGCCCCUGCUAGCCGCCCCUCCACAGGUGGGGCAGAAGAUUGCCUUCAAGUUACUGGAGCUAACGGAGAGCUAUACACCAGAGGUAUCGGAGUAUAAGGAGGGAAGGAUCGUAAGCUUUGACCUCACCACCAAACAGAUUGAGCUGCAACUGCUGAAUGCCUCUCAAGCUCCUGUAGAGCCCGGCAAGUUUGACCUGGUCUACCAGAACGCAGAUGGCUCGGAGAGCGUGGAGUACGCGGUGUCCAGAGGCUCUCGGGUGACAGAACGGUGGGACUCCCUGCUGGAACCACGGCUGAUCAUUUAAAUGGAAACAAACAGUGACUUUCUACACCUUUUCCUCUAAUUACCUUUAUUUUAGAGUCCUUCAUCUUGUACAUCAGUGCAUAAGUUAAACUGGAGAAGUCACUUCUGUACUUUUCAAAUGAAAGCUAAGCAAUGUGAUUGAGGAUGAUUGUAUGUUCUUCUCUGUACAUCUAAACCUCAUCACUUUGCACAGAAGAGCCAACUGUUUUAAUUAGUUUUAGACAUGCAAUGCAGUUUUUAUGUGUGUAUGUGGAUUGAGGCCUGGGACAUAAUGGUUUUAGGUUUUGUACAGUGAUGUGACUGUGGAUAUCAGUCUUGUAUAAACUGUUUUUCUAAUAAAAUCUCUUAGGGAA